AAAAAUGUCUUUUUCAAUACCAACAAAACGAAUUGCCACAAAGGCUCAUCUCGAUGAAUUUUUGCAUUCAAGUGCAUAUGAAGACUAUAUUGGUUAUAUUGAAAGAUUGAAUGACGCAGUCAAGAAUUUGAAAAUAGAUUCUACUAUUGAAAUGUCCAAUAAUGUGACAUCCAUUGUAAACAUCCUUGACACCAUCUCGGGCUGGAUUGACGAAAUACCUCCUGUCGAAAAUUCGAAAUCACGUUUUGGCAAUCCUGCCUUUCGCACAUUUUACGAUCGACUUGAAAAGUCUGUAGGAACACUAUUCGACGAGUUGAUCCCAAAGGAAGCUAUACCCGAAGUGGCUGUUUACUUUUGUGAAAGUUUCGGCAACAGGACUAGGAUUGAUUACGGAACAGGACAUGAAGCAAACUUUAUGGCAUGGCUGCUGUGUAUUGAGAAAUUAAAGGUUAUUGACUCAAAAGACGAUGCUGCGGUUGUAUUACGAGUGUUUGUUAAGUAUAUUCAAGUCAUGAGACGCCUUCAGUUUCAAUAUUGGCUUGAGCCGGCUGGCUCUCAUGGUGUUUGGGGUCUCGAUGAUUACCAUUUUCUUCCAUUUCUAUUUGGCUCUGCCCAACUUUUAGAUCACAAGUAUAUAAAGCCUAAAUCAAUUCACGAUCAAGAUGUUGUCGAGCAAUUUUACAAAUCGUACAUGUACCUUGGAUGCAUUCAUUUUAUCAAUAAUAUAAAAACGAGUGCAACAUUACGAUGGCAUUCUCCCAUGUUAGAUGAUAUAUCAGCAUGUAAAACGUGGGCAAAGGUAAACCAAGGAAUGAUGAAGAUGUACAAGGCAGAGGUGUUAGGAAAGCUACCUAUUAUGCAGCACUUUAUGUUUGGCAGCCUUAUACAUUUCACAGGCGGAGAGGCUUUUACUGAUAACCAUGAAGAGUCAUGUGGACAUGUCCAUACUACUGUCCAAAGCGAUGAUAAUACUGAUCGAGAAUAUCCAGAAUGCUGUGGAAUACCUGUACCUAGUGCAAUUGCUGCUGCUGCGGCUUCAAAGAGAACAAGCAAUUUUCGUCCCCUUCCAUUUGACUAGAAGUUACGAUGCAGUUGUAUAAUAUGUAUUUCAAAAUAAAGAUUUGAAUUGUUGAUAAAUGCCUUUAUUAUUCGACCAGCGGCGCAAAAAAGUAAAGACAUAUUAUCUUUCAAAUGUCUGUUUAAAGAUUGAAAUAUUGCUAAUCAAUACGGCUAAAG